AUGGACGAAGCGGAGAAUGUUGCCAACCCGAAGCCUCAGUCAUCCCUGGCGGCCAAAAAGCGAGAACUGCUAGCAGGCCUAUUGCCUCCGAGUCGCCUCCAGAACGCCGACAAUGAUUGUGAAAUCGACCUCAGCCGGCCCGAAGAUUACAGGCAGAUCAGAUUUCCCGAAAAAUUAAGGUUGCCAAAAAAGUCGAUAACAAGUCCGCCAACCAAGAAAGGGGUGAGCUACGACGCGCUUGAACACGCCUUGGAAGAGCGAUUAGCGGCAAAGAGAAGAGCUGGCCAAGCAAAGAGGGCUGAACUCUACAGGCAGGACAAUGCCGAGUUGUUUGAGAGUGAUGAUGAAGAGGAUGACGAAGAAGAAGAAGAUGAUCAAAAGUACGAAGAACAACGCAAGAAAAUCCGGGAAACUAUUCUACAAAGGGCGGGUGAUGAGGACGAGGAACUUGAUGAUGAAAGCUACCACGGCGACGAGGAGGGCGAGUCGGGGAGUGAAAAUGAGGACGAGGAACAAAAUGAGGAUUCGUCCGAUGAGGAAUGUGUUAGCCCGAUCAACAAAAGCUUCUACGGUGCGGAGAACAAGAUUUGCACGCAAGAGGAAGAGGCAUCACAAGGGACUAGCCAGACAGUGGAGGUGCAGGAAACCAUUGCUACCCCACAACUUCCGGUGCCACAAACGUUGAGCCAAUGGUUUCGAGAAGACUCUCCAACUCGAUCUCCACCGAAGCAAAUCAUUCCACUUGCACCCGCUCCAUAUGUCAAGCCCGAUCUCACCGCCGUCAAUUCUCAGUGGAUGGACGACCCGGAUUUAUUGGCGCUGUGCUCGGGCCGAUUCGAUACGCAAGAAUCCGACUCCGCUGGAGCAGAGGAUCCAGAAGACGCGGAUGAUGUCGUGUUUUCAACGCAAGCCAAGAAAAUUCGCAACGGCAUCAAUUCUGAUGACGAGGAGCAAGAGGAAGCGACCGCUAGUACAAGUCCGAAGGAUUUGGAAACCGAGCGCCCUGCCUCCCCGGAAAGAGUGGGUGCAGAAGAAGCGCUGAUCGACAGGGAUUCCGACGAGGUCACGAUGCCUUCACAACGGAAACGGGCGGUGCUUGCGGAAGAACUGGAGGAUGAAGAUGAGGAAGAUCAUGGAGAAGAAGAGGCUGACCAGUUUGAGGAAGAAGACGAGGAGCAAGAAAUGGAAAACGAAGCUGAGCGUCCGGAAACCCCUCCAGGAUCGGAAAUCGACAGUGAUGACGAACUCGCACUUUUCCAACGCGCAGAACAUCGGAGACAGCUUAAAAAAGCCGGUUUUGUCGACGAGCAGGCAGAAUUGUCGGGCAGCGACGUCGGUAGUGAGGAUGAAGAUGAAGAUCGAGAAGCUGAUGAAUAUGAGAAAGACGCCGCCGAUGAUGAGGCCAUUGAUAUGGAUGAAGUCGAGAAUCAAAACCUUCGGCUUUACCAAAAGCAGCGACUAGACGAAGAUCGUAGCAAGAUGCGACUGCUACAGGAACAGUUGUUGCCCGAUGGCGACUUGGAUGUUCCCGAAACAAAUCGCGGGUUCCGUUUUGCAUUGCGUGAUGACGAGGAGAAUAUUCCUGCCUUUCAAAUGGAAGAAAAUAUGGAAGAGGACGAUGAUGAGGCAGAAGCCGAAAAAGCCGCGGAAAGUAGAACCAAUGUUUUGCGUUUCCAAUUGGAACAUCAAAGCGAGGAAGUUGUAAUCAAGAAGCCCGGUGACGCUCUAAGUGAUGCAUUUAAUAGUGUGGAAUCACUUCUUGGAAAGAAGAUCAAGAAAGCUCCGGUGCCUAAAAUGACAAUGCUUGGCCUGAAUCACUCUUUGAACAAGGAAAGCUCUAACCUAACUUCGAAGGCGCUGUAUGUCUCUUCUAAGCCAGGGAAUGUUGCAAAACGACCACCACCCACGACUCUUUCUGCACCGAAACGGGCCAAGCUUUUACUGUCUGAUGCUCUCAAUAAUGCUCAAGAAUUGCCU